CACAAACCAUGCAAUGAAACGGCGCGAAUCUUUUUGUACCAGUAGAAAUAGAAAGCUUCACGUAGUAGUUGCCUGAAUGUGAUAAUAUUAUCUUACCGGAAACCAUGAAAAUGGGACUAAGCACCUCUUCCAUGCGCAGGCGUGGGUGCCUUUACGGCAUAGUGCUCGUGCUAAUACCGUGCACCGUACUGAUCGUGGUGAUCGGCACCGACUACACCUCCGAACAGUCGAUGUCGCAACGUAUGGCCGAGUUUCAGAUGCGCAUGCAGUACCUAGAAUCCAUGUACCGCACCAAACAGGAAGAUGUGGCCAUCCUCUCGCAAUAUCUACGGCUGGCCGCACUAAACGGAGCCACCGUGUCUGGCGGUACCAGCGCCACGGACGGUGCGAACGUUUCGCUCGCCAAUUUGGAUAUGCUCGAAGGUUUAAGUCCCGAUUCACGAUCGCUCAUCCGGAAUGUUACAUCGACGAGCCGGUUGGCAGAAAGUUUAAAGCUACCGACGGCGUUCCAUUUUCUGCCCCACCUGCUGGACGAUUCGGCAUCCUUACAGCCCAGCUACAUCGAAAGCAAGAAACGCCAGGGAGUGUCGAUCGUGCUCGGCAUCCCGACGGUCAAGCGUGACAAGCAAUCGUAUCUCGUCGAAACGAUCGACAAUCUCAUCUCGAACAUGGACGAGGAGGAACAGAAUGACACGAUGAUCGUCGUGUACGUGGGUGAAACGGAUCUAGAGUAUGUGAAAACGGUGGCCCAUCAGAUACGGACACGCUUUGCUAGCUACAUCGAUAGUGGCUUUCUGGAGAUUAUUGCACCGGCCGCUUCGUACUAUCCGAACAUGAACAAUCUCCGGCAAACGUUGAACGAUUCGCAGGAACGGGUACGGUGGCGAUCGAAACAGAAUCUCGACUUUGCCUUCCUGAUGGCGUACGCACAACCGAAGGGUGCCUUCUAUCUGCAGCUCGAGGACGAUAUACUCACGAAGAAGGGGUUUGUGACGAUAAUGAAAAACUUUGCGCUAGAGAAAACGGCCAAAAAGGAGCACGCGAACUGGUUUGUGCUUGAUUUUUGCCAGCUAGGUUUCAUAGGAAAAAUGUUCAAGUCUGCCGAUCUGCCUUGGUUAAUAACAUUCUUCCAAAUGUUUUUCAACGAUAAACCAGUCGACUGGUUGCUGUACCAUUUGAUCUACACGAAGGUGUGCAGUGUGGAGAAAGAUGGAAAAAGUUGCAAGCAAGAAAUGUCCAAACUAUGGAUCCAUUAUAAACCAUCCCUGUUUCAACACAUUGGAACACAAUCGUCACUCAAGGGCAAGGUGCAAAAGCUGAAGGACAAGCAGUUCGGUAAGAUACCCAACUUUCAUCCACAUCGCAAUCCCCCGGCCGUAGUACGGACCGGGAUACAGCCCUACAAAUCGUAUACGCUGCAGAAAGCGUACUCGGGCGAUAGCUUCUUCUGGGGGCUAAUGCCACAGCCUGGUGAUCUGAUUGAAUUUAAAUUCAAACAACCAACUACUGUACGAAGAUAUCUUUUUCGAAGCGGCAACUUCGAACAACCUUCUGACCGGUUCUACAACACCACGGUGGAAGUGCUGCCAGCUAGUGGGAAUGGAUCGGCCAUCAGUGCCACGCUACCGUUCAACGUUACCAAGGAUGGGUUUCUCGUGGUGGGCAGUUUCAACAACUACGGCAUAGCGGACGGUGUUAUCGAUCCAAAAAUUGGCAAACUGAAAGAGCUUCGUCUGCACGUGAAUAGUGACAGCCAGAACUGGGUUAUACUACGGGAGAUCUAUCUGCAAAGCAAUAGCGUUCGGUGACAGAAACACUAUCGAAUGUUGGAUCCGUUCGGGACGAGCGAUAUGAAAUCGAGAGCGGCGCGAGCGCUGGCCGUGGCCACUGGCAAACAGCAG